AUCUGCAGUGAUCUCACCAUCCACGUGUGACAUCACCAGUGUCGCUGGGAACCAGGCGUGACGUCACCACUGACCUCACGGACCAGGUGUGACGUCACCGGUGACAUCGCCGACCAGGUGUGACAUCACCGAUCGGGUGUGACACCACCCGUGCCAUCACCAGGUGUGACAUCGCUGACCAGGUGUGACAUCACCAGUGACAUCACCGACCAGGUCUGACAUCACCGACCAGGUGUGUGACGUCCCCAGUGACGUCACCGAGCAGGUGUGACGUCACCGACCAGGCACGACGUCACCGGUGCCGUCACACCCAGGGUGGCGCGGACGGUGACGUCACCGCCCGUCCCCGCAGGUGCGGCCGCUGCUGUCCCCAGGCCAUGCUGGGCCGGGCGCUGGCGCGGGUCCUGCCCGCCGUCCCCCGUGUCCCCCUGCCCGCCGUCCCCCGUGCCCGGUGCCGCUGUCACCGCCCGUGUCCCCCGCGGGACCUGGCUGUCCCCAACGCGGGCUGGAGCGAGCGCAUGCGGCGUCACUACGGGCACCUGCUGCGCACGGCCAGCGCCGAGGGAUGGACGCGGCUGCCGUCCUUCCGCCGGGCCCGCCACCACGGCCGGGAGGUGCCGGGGCUGGCCGGUGACAGUGACAGUGACAGGGACGGGGACACGCGGCUGUUCCCGAGGGCCAUCGAGGGGGACGGGGACGGCUUCGAGUUCGCCAUGUUCCUGAAUGUCCCCAAGGGCCGCCUGCGCUGCCUGUGCCAGCCGGGGCCCUUCCUGGAGGGACACCCGGGGCUGACCCACGGCGGUGCCAUUGCCACCCUCAUUGACACCUCCUUGGGGACACUGGCGCUGGCGGUGGCCGGGCGGGUGGUGACGGCGAACCUCAGCAUCGACUACGUGGCGCCUGUCCCCCUGCGCUCCGUGCUCCUGCUCGAGGCGUCCCUGGAGCGACGCGAGGGUCGGAAACUCUUCCUGGGCUGUGACCUGAGGGACGCCGAGGGUGACACGCUGCACGCCAGGGCCACCGGGCUCUUCAUCCAGCACGACCCCCCCAAGGAGCCAGCACAGGGUGGGGACAGCGGCCGGUGACUGUCACGGGUGUCACCUGUGUGUGUCACCCGUGUGUGUGUC